AUGAAUCGUCUUCUUGUUCGACGUUGUAGUAUGUCGUCGAUCGAAGAAGAAGACGAACCAACAACAUCCGAAGAAUUAACUAUUCAAUCUGUAAAAUUAUCAUCAGUACCUUCGAAAAAUUACCAUCAACUACAUCAUUCACCAUCAAUUCCAGAUUGGGAUUCAGAAUUAUCUGAAUCUGAACAAGAAUAUGAUGAUAAUGAUGAAAAUCCCAAUGAGAAUGGGGAAGAUCGAGCUGCAAAUCGUGCAUUAAAAAAUUUUAUACAAACAUCUUCAAGAACUCGACAUGCUCAGAUAAAUCAUAUAGAUGGUUCAUAUUCUCCAUGUUCGAUUCAUCUUUAUGACGAAGACGAUUCAGCUGAACUCGACGCAAUUAUAUCUGAAUUACGAGAUUUUAAAAUUCAAUUCGAAGAAAAUUCAAAUCUUUCAUCCUUAUCAUCAUCAUCAUCAUCUCCAUCGUCAUCAUUAACUAAAAAAUCAAUACAAAUGAAACAAUCAACAAAUCAUUCAUCUCCAUUAACAACAUCUUCAUCAAUAUCAAAUACAAAUGGAUGUGUUCAUGAACUUCGUACACUUGAGGAUCAACUUGAAGCUGCACUUGCUAGUUUAACAUUAACAAUCAAUGAUUGUACAACAACUGAUAUAGAUACACAACAACAACGUUCAUCUGGUUCAAGUGCUUGUUCAAGUGGACUUGGUGAUGAAAUUACCAAUGAUACACUCACUCUUUAUAAUAAUAUAUCAAAUACAAAUAAUCAAACAACAGCAACAACAACAACCGUAUCAUUUAUAUCAAAAAUUGUUGCAACAAAUACUAUUGAUGAUUGUGAUUCGGCAUUUAGUGAUAGUGGAUCAACUGAUAAAAUUACAUCAUCGAAUCAUGAUGAACCUGUAACUUGUCGUUCAAUGGUAGGAAUGGCAAGUACAACAAAACAAACAACAUCAUCAUUAAUUAUUGAUACAGAUGAUUCAAUAUCUCCUCAUUCACAACAUCCAUCGAAAUUAUUGAUUCGUACAUAUAAUGAUGAUGGUUCAACAAAGAGUAUACUUAUUGAUGAGUCUAUGUCAAUACGUGAUGUUCUCUUUGUACUUGUUCAUAAAAAUCAUCGAGAGCCUGAUAUUAAUUAUGCUCUUAUUGAAAUUUUACCUGAUCUUCAUAUGGAACGUACUUUUGAAGAUCAUCAAAAAUUAACUGAAGCUAUACUUAUGUGGCCAACAGCGUCACCUAAUCGAUUGAUAUUUACUAAACGAUCAGAAAAAUAUGCACUUUUUCAAGCAACAGCUUCACUUCUUGGUAAAGACGAAACAAUGCUCGUUUAUGAUGAAUUAUUAAAAACUCCUGAUAUGGAUGGAAUUAUUUAUUUAAAAGAAAAAUCUCGUAAAUCAUGGAAAAAACAUUUUUGUGUACUUCGUUCAUCAGGUCUUUAUUUUGUGCCAAAAGGCAAAAGCAAAAAAGAUCUUGUGUGUUUGGCUAAAUUUGAAAAUGUUGAAUUAUUUUUUGGUCUUGGUUGGAAAAAGAAAUUUAAAUCACCUAGUGAUUAUUGUUUUGCACUAAAGCAUCCAUUAAUUCAAAAGAAAAGUUCAAAAUAUAUUAAAUAUAUGUGUGUUGAUACAAAAAAUGAAUUUGAUCGAUGGAUAACGAGUAUUCGUAUUGCUAAAUUUGGACAACAAUUAAAAAUUAAUCAUUUUCUUAUGGAAAAAGCAAUGAAUGUUUAUCGAUCAUCAGGUCGAUUUGCUGCUGUUUGUGCUGCUCGAUCUCAAACACCAGAUGAACAACAAUUAAAUUUCAAUAAUAAUGAAUUAUGUUCUCCACCUACACCAUGUUCAUCAAUUCGUGAUCGUCAAGUUCUUAAUCGAACACCAGUCCUAUCAACUACUAGUAAUUCACAUAAUCAAUACUAUGGUCUUCAAUCAUCAAUACCAACUCAAUUAAUUUCUCGUAGUAACAUAGUUUCACCGAAAAUCUUACUUAAUGAUGAAAAUAACAAUAAUAAUAAUCAUGAAGAAGAUAAUGAUAAUAAUGAUGAAAAUUCUCCAAUUAAAUCUGCUAGUUAUAUGGAUGAAUUACGUCAACGACUUGAACGUGUUCUUAAUGAUCCACCAUCACCUAGUCCAAUGUCAUCAUCACCUGCUCCAUCACAACAAUCAUCUAAUUCAAAUGAACGUUAUCAUUCAUGUUUACCUGUUUCAAAAUCAUUUCGUCUUCCUAUUCAACCUACUCCAACACAUGUUCAAUCAUCAGCAGGUUAUCGUUCAACAGCUUUACCACGUAUGUCACCGAAAUCAACAUCAACAAAUUAUUCAAUUCCAUCAUUAACAAAAGGAAUUAAUCGUGGACCAACAUUAAUAUCUCCACCAAAAUUAAAACCAACACCAUCUUCACAAUAUUUAAGUUCAACUGAAAAUCUACGUAUAAAUAUUUCUAAUCAUCAAACACCAUCAAUAACAAUUGGUUCAACUCCAUUACCAAGAAAACAAUUACCAUCACUUCAAAUACCACAAAAAAAUUUAUCUUAUCGAACAGCAAAAAGUUCUACUACAUCUGAAUAUCAAUCUCAUUCUAUAAAUGGAACUAACAAUCAUCAGUAUCAUCAACAAAUGAGUAAAAGUUUUAUUAUGCCUUCAAAACGAGAUGAUUAUCGAAGCGGUAGUUCAUUAUCUAUAACAUCAAAAUCUGAUUCACUAAAUCUAGAUGAAACAGAUUUUCCACUUCCAUCACCAACAUUUCUUCAAGGUCUUUCUGAUACAUCACAUUCACCAAAUAAAAUUUCAUUAAAUCCAAUUAAAUCCAAAUCAACUUUAGUUACAACAAUGAAUAUAAAUCGAUCAAAAUUACCCGCAUCAACAAAUACAACAUCAUUAAAAAAACCUACAACAACAUUUCGUACAAAUAAUCGACCACAACCAUCAGUACCUAUUAAAAGUUCACUUGUUGCACCUUCACUUAAACUUUCAACAUCAAUAUCUCAAACACGUUCAUUAAAUAAAACAUUAGUUUCAUCAACAUCAAAUAAUUCAUUAAAUAAUAAUAAUAAUAAUAAUACGAAAAUUUCAACAACACCAUCAAUUAAUAAACCUGUACCUCCUGUUCCACCACGUAAAUCAAGUAUUCCUCGUCCAUCUUUUAAACCACAACCACCACAACGAGAUUUAUCAAAUAAAGCACAUGUUAGUCAUUUAUAA